CUGAGUUGUCUUGAUGAUUAGAACUUAGGCUCCAAGGAGAAGCCCCAAGGCCAAGGGGAUCGAACAUAACAACCAGUGGGAGCCUUGCUGACCUCUGGAGAAUGUGGGCCGGUUGUAAGAUCUUAAUCCUUGCUUAUCUCACCACAGAAAUUUGGAUGGAGAGACAGUAUUUUUCACAACAAGAAGUGGACCCAGGAGCUGAGUUCACUAGGAAUCACACCAUUUUGGAAGGUACUCGAUUCAAAAGAGCCGCUUUCGAAGGGCAGUACUGUAGAAGUUUUGGUUGCUGUGAAGACAGAGAUGAUGGCUGUGUGACUCGGUUCUAUGAAGUGGAUGCGCUGUGUUACUGUGAUAAAUUCUGUGAAAGGGAAAAUUCUGACUGCUGUCCUGAUUACAAGUCAUUUUGCCAUGAAGAAAAGGGAUGGCCUCCUCACACAAAGCCUUGGUUCCCAGAAGGCUGCCACAGAGAUGGUCAACAUUAUGAAGAAGGAUCAGUAAUUAAAGAAAACUGCAAUUCCUGCACCUGCUCAGGACAGCAGUGGAAAUGUUCCCAGCAUGUAUGCCUUGUUCAACCAGGAUUAAUUGAACAUGUCAAUAAAGGAGACUAUGGAUGGACAGCCCAGAACUAUAGCCAGUUCUGGGGAAUGACAUUAGAGGAGGGUUUCAAAUACCGCCUUGGCACCUUACCACCCAGCCCCCUGCUUCUGAGCAUGAAUGAAGUGACCCCUUCUUUACCUGAAACUACUGAUCUUCCAGAAUUCUUUAUUGCAUCUUACAAAUGGCCUGGAUGGACCCAUAGCCCUUUGGAUCAAAAAAAUUGUGCUGCAUCCUGGGCUUUUUCCACUGCAAGUGUGGCAGCUGACCGCAUAGCAAUUCAGUCCCAAGGUCGAUACACCGCCAACUUAUCCCCUCAGAAUUUGAUCUCUUGCUGUGCCAAGAAGCGCCAUGGAUGCAAUAGCGGAAGUGUUGAUAGGGCUUGGUGGUACCUGAGAAAACGUGGACUGGUAUCGCAUGCGUGCUAUCCACUUUUCAAGGACCAAAAUGCAACCAACAAUGGCUGCGCCAUGGCAAGUAGGUCUGAUGGACGGGGGAAGCGGCAUGCCACCACCCCAUGUCCCAACAGCAUCGAGAAAUCCAAUAGGAUCUACCAGUGUUCUCCUCCGUACAGGGUCUCUUCCAAUGAAACUGAGAUCAUGAGAGAAAUCAUGCAAAAUGGACCAGUUCAAGCUAUAAUGCAAGUUCAUGAGGAUUUCUUCAAUUAUAAGACAGGGAUAUAUAGACACAUUACCAGCACAAAUGAAGACUCAGAAAAAUACCGAAAGUUUCGGACACAUGCAGUCAAACUCACUGGAUGGGGCACACUAAGAGGAGCACAGGGGCAGAAAGAAAAAUUUUGGAAGGAUGAGAGAGAGGAUGAGGCAGUAUCACAAUCUGAAGAACUGAUGGUCACAAGUUUUCCAAAACCGAGAGACAUCAACCUAAGUUCAGGAAGCUCAAUAAACUCCAAAUUGCUGCCAAUUCCUGGGGAAAGUCCUGGGGAGAGAAUGGCUAUUUUAGGAUUCUUCGAGGAGUAAAUGAGUCUGACAUUGAAAAGUUGAUUAUCGCAGCUUGGGGCCAGCUGACAAGUGCAGAUGAACCAUAGCAUAUCAUUAAAUUUCCAUCAGGCCAAGCAUUCAAGUAACCCUUUAAAUUGAAAUUAAGCCAUGUGAGGUUCUCUGUGACAGUGCAGUCUUGGCCUUUUCACCUUGUUAUCACAACCUGCAUGUUUUCUUGUUUCACCCCAGGCCCUAAGCUUUCCUUUAUGUCGCUGAGAGUGUAAAAACACUAACAGAGGACAGCAGAGGGACUGAAUGCCUUUUAAGUUCCCUAGUAGCCUUCAUGUCCCUCGCAUGACAAUGUUCUUUUUGACUUUGAUCAUUUGCAAACAGUGUGAUGGCAUUUGUUUUAAAAGUUCAUAGCAUUUGUUUGUGGAAAUGACCCAGUUUCUCUCUUUGAGCAAUGAAGAUGUUAGACAACAAAAAGCACUGAAAACACCAAUUUGCCAUCAUUUACAAUUAUUUUCAGCCCAAUAAUGCUUUCUUAAUUCUGACAUUGUUUAUGAUUUGCUAAAAAGCAGUGGAAAUAUAUUGUUCCUCUCAGUAAGCUCACAUUUUGGUUUUUUUCAUUCAUUUAAACUGAGCUUGCAAUCUAACUCAAAGGGAGAGUCACUACCAUAGGAAAGAACUACUCUUUACCCUACUAUGUAAUUGCUUAUGAUGUGGGGAAGAUAAUAAGUAACAAAAAACUUAGAUGCUGACAAUGGAAGUACAGUCUUAAUGUGUAUGUAGGACACACACUCCUAUUUUUGAAAACCAGUGCACUUGGUGUAAAGUUUAUUAAAAUGAGCUGCAAAACUGUA